ACUAUGACGUGCGACGUGAGGAUUCUCCGAUAUCGAGGCGAUGGACCGAAGCUGACAUCUGGUCCCAGUAACAAGAGAAGAUAUGGAUUGCAUCAAAAACGACUGGCUGACAGACAAUGCCAUUGCCUUUUGGGAAGAAUGGCUGGAGCAUGAGGAAUUAAAGACGUACUCAAAAGCGCAAAUCGUCCUCCUUCGACCUAGCAUGUCGUUCAUGUUAAUGACUACGAAGCAUCCCUCUACUAUAAAAGACGCCUUGCCGCAAUUCGACAAAACGACUCAUAUCUUUCUCCCGAUAAACGACAGCACGAACCCCGCCAUUUCAGAAGGCGGUUCUCACUGGUCUCUCCUACUCGUUUCCCUUCUCGACGGCGUCGCCUUUCACUACGACAGCCUGGAUCAUUCCAACAGGCGCGAGGCCCAAACGGUGACCUCGAAGCUCCAGUCGCUUCUAGGCAUGCAGUUAAGGUUCAAAGAGAUGGACUCCUGCCCACAACAGGCGAAUGGAAGCGACUGUGGGGUGUAUGUCUGCCUGAUCAUGCGUCACCUACUGCUGAAACGCUUGCUCCAAGCAGACAGUCGUGCAAGGGUGCCAAUGACGCUGUCCAGUCGAGAGAUCAAUCCCAGUUAUGGCCGGAAAGAGAUGUUGAAGAUCAUCGAAAGUUUGAGGAGGGAGGGGGAGAAGAGACGGUCGUGAGUUUUUCUAUUCGUAAUUUCAUGCCUUGCCUUUCAUUUGCAUUCGAAAGCUAACCAUCGUCCCUUCUCAGUCGAAGUGCGAGCCCCUUUCGUACCGGCACUAGCAAAUCGAGAAGCCCACCGCGAAUAGGCGAUGAGCAACUAAUGAAACCACCUAGUCGGUAAAAAUGGCCGAAUCCGUACGUUUGCAUCUCUCCG